UGGUGAGAACCUUGAUGGACGGCUCGUGGGACUUGGACAGGGGAGCAAGCUUAUCGAUACCGGUAGUCAGUGCCAAGCGCCGCUAGCAUUCCGCUCCUGGUGAGUUGUGGGGUCAAUUUCCCGCCCGACAUCGCUUGAGGUUUUUGUGACUCGGCUGCAGUGAGAAUGACUCCCCGAGUUGAGUAUUCGGCUGCUGUGUGACUAACGUUGAGGGACCGCGACCGAGGGGAUUUAAAACCACCUCGUCGCAGGGUCACACGAGGUGUCUCCGACUCGAUUGAAAUUGAAGGUCGUCGGCCAGCGGUCUAUUAAUUGCCUGAUCGCACUGGGGGUCGUCCAUUGGCAUUCAUUGGGAACUUCAUUGGAAUUCGCAUUCUGCCCCCCCCUUGACAUGGCCUUCCGCGCGUCCCUGCGGCGCGCUACCGCCGCACGCCCGGCCGCUGCGCGCUUCUACUCGCAGGCCAUCGCCGUGCCGACGUCGAGUUCGUCGCCGGUGAGCGCGGCUCAGAUCCGGCGGGACGCGGCGCUGCCGAACCCGGACCCCGCCGAGGACUCGGCCAGCGCGGCCCUCGUGCGCGAGCAUGCGCCCUUCAUGGUCGCCACCUACGCCCGCCCGCCGCCCGUCUUCGUCAGGGGCGAGGGCUCCUACCUGUGGGACCUCGAGAACAGGAAGUACCUCGACUUCACCGCCGGCAUCGCCGUCAACUCGCUCGGCCACUGCGAUCCCGAGAUGGCCAAGUUGAUCGCCCAGCAGUCCAAAACCCUCAUCCACGCCUCCAACCUGUACUACAACCCCUGGACCGGCGCGCUGUCAAAGCUCCUCAUCGAGAAAACGCUCGCCUCCGGCGGCAUGCACGACGCCGCCGCCGCCUUCAUCUGCAACUCCGGCAGCGAAGCCAACGAGGCCGGCAUCAAGUUCGCCCGCAAAGUCGGCAAGGCCCUCGACCCGUCCGGUGCCAAGACUGAGGUCGUCUCCUUUCGCAACGCCUUCCACGGCCGCACCAUGGGCUCGCUCUCGGCGACGCCGAACCCCAAGUACCAGGCGCCCUUCGGGCCCAUGGUGCCCGGCUUCCGCGUCGGCGAGCUCAACGACAUCGACGCGCUGCCGUCCCUGGUCACACCAGCGACCUGCGCCGUGAUCGUCGAGCCGAUCCAGGGCGAGGGCGGCGUGCGCGUGGCGUCGGACGCCUUCCUGGUCGCGCUGGCGCGCCGCUGCCGCGAUGUCGGCGCCGUCCUGCACUACGACGAGAUCCAGUGCGGCCUGGGCCGCACCGGCGCCCUCUGGGCCCACGCCCACCUGCCGCCCGAGGCCCACCCGGACGUGCUGACCACCGCGAAAGCCCUCGGCAACGGCUUCCCCAUCGGCGCCGCCAUCGUCAACGCCCGCGUCGCCGCCCUCAUCAAGGUCGGCGACCACGGCACCACCUUCGGCGGCAACCCGCUCGCCUGCCGCCUGGCGCACUACAUCGUCGGCCGGCUGGCCGACGAGGGCCUGCUGGAGGGCGUCAGGAAAAAGGGCGAGGUGUUCCGGGAAGGCUUCGAGAGGCUGCGCGAGCGGUACCCCGCCUUGGUGCAGGAGGUCAGGGGCAAGGGGCUCCUCCUGGGCCUGCAGCUGAGCGAGGACCCGGCGAGGAUCGUCAAGGCGGCGCGCGAGCGCGGUCUGUUGGUCAUCACGGCCGGCACGAACACGCUGCGGUUUGUGCCCAGCCUGGUGAUGAGCGAGGAGGAGAUCCGUGAGGGUUUGGCUAUCCUCGAGGAGGCAGUGCGUGUCACCCGGGAGGGAGGAAGUGAGUGAGGGAGUGUGGCGGGUUCCGUUUUUCACACAUGGUUAGAGUUCGGUAGAUUUGGUUUUGUGUAGUUAGAUG